CGUUUUCCUACGUCGACGCUUCCAGAGCGACAGAGAAACGGGGACAUUCAGAAUGCUGUGUCCAGGUCUUCAACGUGGACCGCAUUAAUGAGUGGAUCAACUAAAUCUUACCCUUUUUAAUAAAGAUUAUACCCCGUUUUUUUUUUUUUCUCGCGCUGACGCCCUUUCACAGCACAUCUGCAACCGCUGCUGUUCGUCUUUCAGCACCUGGACAGCUCCCCGUUAUGCAGCUCUUCUCCUCAUUAUCAUCAUCAGGCACAUGGAGUCCCUGGUGUGAAUGUGGGGGAAGCCCUGCGAGCUCAUCAUGCUCCUCCGGAUGCGGUGAAAACCUCGUUGUCUCCGCUAAAGGAUGCUGCUUCCAGCGCAGAGGAGGUGUUCUCCAUCCUCUGAGAAGAAACGGUACGUGCGUGCAGUCGAAGGAGAUUCAAGCCUGAUCGCUGCCUACACACAAGAAGAUCCGAACUUCAGUCUCAUCGAUCAUCAUCAUCAUAAUGAUAAUCGAUUAAAAAAGGAAUAUCACAGCUGUGUGGUGUUUGGAGCCAGGACCAUGUAGAAAAUACAAAAGAGAUAUGGUCCUGACCAGAUCUCUUCAGUGGUGAAUUCACAUUUAGCUCUUGGUUUAAUUUAAAGAAGAGAAAUUUUCAGCAACAAGACCUUGACAUGAGCAACACCCAAGCCCUUCCCCAGGGUGGAGCCUCAGAUCUGGAGGUCAUCUCCCAGCAGGUGGAGGACGACAACCAGUGCAUGGCUCCAGUCCAGCUAGUCAACUUCACCUACAGAGACUUGCCUUUGGCCGCCCUGGACAUAUCUCUUGCUGGAUCUCAGCUCAUCUCCAACCCUGAUGAAGAGGAUAACAGAGAUGGGUCAAACUGGCUGAAGCCUUGCUGUGGACGGCGAGCUGCGCUGUGGCAGGUCUGCCUGCUGUCAGCAGGUUUCAACUGUUUCCUGGUAGCUUGUGUCAUCCUGGUGGUGCUGCUGCUGACAAUCGAGCUGCUCAUAGACACCAAGCUGUUGCAAUUUAAUAAUGCAUCGCAGUUUGCCAGCAUCAUCCACUGGAUCAGCCUGGCUAUCCUUUCUGUGUUCUUCACUGAGACGGUGUUCAGGAUUGUGGUGCUGGGGAUAUGGGAUUACAUUGAGAACAAAGUAGAGGUGUUUGAUGGAGCUGUCAUCGUACUCUCUCUGGCCCCCAUGGUGGCCUCCACAGUGGCCAACGGCCCCAGCAGCCCCUGGGAUGCCAUCGGCCUCAUUAUCUCAUUUCGCAUCUGGAGGGUGAAGAGAAUAAUUGACGCUUACGUUCUGCAAGUGAAGGUGGAAAUGGAGCUGGAAAUCCAGCAGUAUGAGAAGGCCAAGGCAGUACGAGAGGAGCAGCUGGAUCGUCUAACCCAGAUCUGCCAAGAACAAGCUUUUGAAAUCAGACAGCUGAGAGCCCAUCUUGCUCAGCAGGACCUGGACCUGGUAGCAGAGCGUGAAGCAGCCAUGCAGAUCCACCAUAUGUGGGGUAAACAAAGCAGCAGCUUCCAGGAGGUGGACGGAUUAGCUCCUGGAGUCUCUGAGCAUCACAGACCAGCCAAAGCAAGAGAGCCUCGGGGGGCUGCAGAUCUUCAUGGUCAGGAUGACAUGAAUAACUACAUCAGCCAGUACUACAGUGAGCCAAGCAGCGAUAUAGGGAUCCCAGACCCAGCCCGUGUCAUCACAACAGCAGCCAUAGAUGUGCAUCUGCCCAACAACCCCAGCCAGCUUCCCUCCACCUUGGUGAGUUGUGAUGCGGCGCCGUCCAGCCGACUGCAACGCACAAGCAGCUCUGUCAGCGAGGCGUCUAUGACCACCAUGUCCCGCAGCAGCUUCAGUGGCCGCCAGCACAGCAUCAGCAGCCACACGCUGGGCUCCAGCAUGGACUGCAGCUCCACCGUGCGCGAGGCCUCCACCUCCACAGACUACAGUGACCAGCGCUGCUACCCGCCACCUUACAGCAGCCCUCUGGCCUUGGGCACUCAGCCACGAGGGAGUCCUAGCACUGUGGUGCAGGAGCUGCUCUACUCUCUCACUGAGGACUCCUGCCUCACUCAGAAGGGCUUGGACCCGGUCAACCUCAAACCCCCCAGUCCGACAGGUUCCACCAAAACCAGCCCUGAGCUGGAGCACAGAGUGAACAUCUAUAACAAGAGGAACCAAGAGAGCCGGCUCGGGAUCCUCAACAAACCUGUCAUCCACCUGCAGAGUAAUGAGCCUCUGCUUGAGGAGAAAUACAGGAUGAUGGGCCCAGUGGAGACUUCAGUCAACCGCCUGUCAGAGGCAUAGGGCCUCACAAAAUUAUUUUUCAAUCAGGACUUUUUGGAUCAGAAGCAAAAAAAGGAAUGAACAAUCCUGAUGGAAGACGCUGGCACAUGAACUACGCCUUUGUCUUUAUGUUGCUGGAAUUUUAAAGGAUCAACUUGCUGAAAAGGGCAUAAAUAAAAAAAAAAAAAAGGAUUAAUCCAUCAGGCUACUCUUAUCAGGAAUUGACAAUUUCUUACCUUUCCUAAAAUAAACCAGCAAUGUGGUCUAAGCUAGGAGUUAUGAAAGAGCCUGUGCAGAAAAUGUUGCUUUUUUUAGUUGUUUAUUGAAAAUGAAAAGAAAUAUGAUGGUGCUGAGUUCACGACUCUUAUGUCUCAUCUCAUCACCUGAAAGCAACAUCUAAGAUGUCAAGGUAGUGACUCUGGCAUCUCCACACUCAUCGAGAACCGUCCUUAUUGACGAACUGCUGCAGGGCGAAUUUUAGUCAGCUUAUUCUUUGACUUUCUAAUCUUUUUUUUAAAACAGACAGCUUUAAAAAAAGAAAUUCAAUCUUUGAACUGUUUUUGUUCUCCAGAUGCCAUGAUUGGACGCUAACCAAGCCCUGUUUAAUCAGAUUACUCACGAUUUUACCAAAUUUAAAUUUAAAUGUUUUUGUCUUUGUAAUAUUUUAAUUUUGUGUAAAUGUUCAAGAAUUGGUACAAUUAUCCCAUAAAAAAAGAAACAAGAUUAAAUAAAGUGCAAAAAAAAAA